AUGCAAGCCAAGAUCCUUCCCGCCAUCCUCACCGUCCUUUCCCUGACCUCGGUUGAUGCUGCGAUCCUUCCGAGAGCCACCCUUUCUCCAGGCAACAUCGUUGUCCCCGAAGUCGUCUACAACCCCCCUGACCUGUUCGAUCCUGAAUAUACAGCUCUCAACAUCUUCCGUAACGAUCUUCUCAAGACAACAACACUCGUGUCCGACCUUACUCGUACCCCCGGCACGACCGUUAAGGAUAGGACUGAUCAGGUCAAUGCUGUCAUCCGCCAAGUGACCAGCAACACCAACAGCAUCCGCACUAGAGUCGGUUACAUCAUCGGUAACCUUCAGGGUAUAGUCCCCUCCGGUGUCCCUGCUCCCACUGGCACAGGCGCCUCACCCGCCACUCCCACCGCCGAGGUGUUGCAAGUUGCCCAAGACGCCCUGGCAAGAACCGCCACCUCCCAGCUCCAGUCGCUUCAGACCCAGACAGAUGCCGUGAUCGAUGUUACUGGCAAGGCGGCUUACUCACUUGCCUUCACCCAGGCAAAGCUUGCUCUUGAAAUUACCCUCACCACCGUUGCAGCCACGGCCAAGACUCUCAUUGACGCUGUGGCCAAUAGUAUCGACAAUGUCAAUAGCAUUGCUGAUCGCAUCCGCAACUUGAAAUCUAAGCUGGACUCCGUGCUUGCCAUUGGAGUCACACCUGAUGCCACCUUUUGA